UCUUGUUCCAAAACAAAAAUGGAGGAACAGGAGAUUGCUCAGCUUGACCUCCUCUGCAAACAGUUGUACGAAGCCACCGAUACCGUGACAAGAAAUACGGCGGAAAGAGCGCUCUCCACUUUCACUAACUCUCCAGACUGUCUGACCAAGUGUCAAUAUCUUUUGGAACGCGGGAGUUCUUCCUAUUCCCAGUUGAUAGCAGCUUCCUCCUUGACAAGACUUAUCAGUAAGAACACAGCACUUCCUGUGGAACAAAGACUUGACAUGCGCAACUAUGUCCUUAAUUACCUUGGAACAAGACCAAACCUUGCUACUUAUGUCUCACAGUCUCUAAUACAGUUUCUUGCCAGACUGACAAAACUAAGCUGGUUUGAUGUGCAGAAAAAUGAUUUGGUGUUUAGAACCCUUGUGGAUGAUGUGGGAAAAUUUAUUCAGGGAUCAGUAGAUCACUGCAUUAUUGGAGUACAUAUACUUUCACAGUUAGUGUGUGAAAUGAAUCAGGCUGAUUCAACAAGAUCACUCACCAAACACAGAAAGAUAGCAUCAUCUUUCAGAGAUUUAUCCCUAUUUAACAUCUUCAACCUGUCAAUAAAUAUUUUACGUGAGGCCUAUAACAAACAGUUGAACUUACAAGAUGGCAGUCAGCACAGCCUGAUGAGCUACCUCCUUCAACUCACCUGCAACUGCCUCUCAUUUGAUUUCAUUGGCACUUCCAUGGAUGAGUCAUCAGAUGACCUUGGUACUGUCCAAAUACCAACCAGCUGGAGAGGAGCAUUCUUAAACUUGGCCACUCUGCAAUUAUUUUUUGAUUUAUACAGAGCCCUCCCAACUUCACUCUCUCCAAUGGCCCUUUCAUGUUUAGUCCAACUAGCAUCCAUUAGAAGAUCAUUAUUUAACAAUAAUGAGAGGGCAAAGUUUUUAGAACAGUUGGUUCAGGGCGUCAAGGGAAUAUUAGAGUCACCUCAGUCUCUAGCUGAUCCAAAUAAUUACCAUGAGUUUUGCCGGCUGCUUGCAAGAUUGAAGUCUAAUUAUCAGCUUGGAGAGAUUGUAAAGGUGGAAGGUUACAGUGACUUUAUAGCACUUAUAGCAAAGUUUACAGUGACAAGUUUGCAGAUGUGGCAGUUUGCUCCUAAUAGUUUACAUUACCUAUUGAGUCUGUGGCAAAGGAUGGUUGCUUCAAUGCCCUAUGUGAAGAACACGGAACCACACCUUCUAGAAACUUAUGCCCCUGAGGUCACCAAAGCUUAUGUCACAUCACGGAUGGCUUCUGUUGAAGUUGUUUUAAGGGAGAGUGCUGAGGAUCCACUGGAUGAUUCAGGAACAGUUCAACAGCAGCUGGACCAGCUUUCUAUAUUUGGGAGAUGUGAAUAUGAGAAAACUUGUCAGCUGCUAAUUUCACUGUUUGACCAAUCUGCUCAGAGAUAUCAGGAACUGAUACAAAACAAUACUGCUUCAACCACUGACCUGGCCAUUGAGGAAGGUCGCCUAACAUGGCUUGUGUACAUCAUUGGCUCUGUGAUUGGAGGGAGAGUGUCUUAUGCAACAGUAGAUGAGUAUGAUGCACUGGAUGGUGAACUUGUGUGUAGGGUUUUGCAACUGAUGAAUCUUACAGAUUCUCAACUUUCUCAGCGAGGAAGUGAGAAGCUGGAGCUGGCCAUACUGAGUUUCUUUGAACAGUUUCGGAAGAUGUACGUUGGGGACCAAGCACAGAAGACUUCCAAGGUUUACAGGCGACUUUCAGAGAGACUUGGCCUUCACGAUGAAUCAAACGUUCUGAGUGUCUUUAUGGGAAAAAUAAUCACGAACAUGAAGUUCUGGGGCACCAGUGAAGCCAUCAUCUCCAAAACCUUGCAGCUUCUGAGUGAUCUAUCUGUUGGCUAUAGCAGUGCUCGUAAAUUGGUGAAGUUAGAUGCUGUACAAUUUGUGCUCAACAAUCAUACGAGUGAGCACUUUCCAUUUCUGGGAACGCACGCUUCUCGAGCGUACAAAGACAUGCGCAGUAGAACCACAUUUUAUGUUGCCCUUGGCAGAUUGUUGAUGGUAGAUUUGGGUGAGGAUGAAGAGAAAUUCGAAUCAUUCAUGUCACCGAUAACAACUACCAUGGAUUCAGUAGCGAGUCAUUUGAUUUCUGUUGGAAACAAUGCUUUCCAACAAGAAGAAACUAAGCGUACCCUGGUUGGUCUCUGUCGAGAUAUACGUGGGCUCGCUUUUGCGUUCAACAGCAAGUCUAGUUAUAUGAUGCUCUUUGAUUGGAUCUAUCCUACCUACACGUCUGUUCUCCUGCGUGCAAUUGAAUGGUGGUAUCAUGAUCCUAAUGUGUCCACACCAGUAUUAAAACUCAUGGCUGAACUCGUACAGAACCGUUCACAAAGGUUACACUUCGAUGUUUCCUCGCCAAACGGAAUCCUUCUCUUCAGGGUUACCAGUGAGAUGAUCGUCGCUUACGGGACACGAAUCCUUACGUUAACAGACACGCCUGCGGACCAGAUGUAUAAACUAAAACUCAAAGGAAUCUCGAUUUGCUUUUCCAUUUUGAAGGCUGCCUUGUGUGGUGGUUAUGUAAACUUCGGUGUAUUUGGUUUAUACGGCGACGAUGCUUUGGAGAAAGCAUUAAAAACGUUCGUAGAAAUGUUAUCGUCAAUUCCGCACAGCAAUUUAUUGGAAUAUCCGAAGUUGAGUCAGUCGUAUUAUGCUCUGUUGGAGAUUCUAGCGCAGGAUCAUAUGAAUUUUCUUAGUAGCCUUGAACCUCAAGUAUUUAUGUAUAUAUUAUCCUCCAUAUUGGAGGGCCUUACAGCUUUAGACAUUAUGGUCUGCACAGGAUGUUGCGGUACUCUAGACUUUAUAGUGACUCACUUGUACAAAACGCUUUCCAAGAGACGGAAGAAAAACUCAACCGGUAUGGAACCACAACCACCAUGUUUACGAAUAUUAGAGUCCCACCCGGAAAUGAUCCAACAGAUGCUGUCGACGGUAUUGAACAUUGUCAUGUUUGAAGAUUGUAAAAACCAGUGGUCCAUGUCCAGGCCCCUCCUCGGUCUUAUCCUGCUUAACGAGAAGUACUUUCAAGAGUUACAACGGAAUGUUAUCGCGAUGCAGCCGCCGGAGAAACAAGAAGAUAUGGCGCAGUGUUUUAGAAAUCUUAUGGACGGAGUAGAACCAUCGCUCAUCACCAAAAACAGGGACAGGUUCACCCAAAACUUAUCAAUAUUCAGACGGGAAGUGAACAACUCACUGAAGGCUUCAAGCAAUGGAGGAGGUACGGCAGUCAAAGCCGAUGGAGGGGUGGAUAUGGUGGCGUGAUAACAGCUUUUGACCGACCAAUCGGUCGAUUAGUUGAUUGUCACCUUAGGAAAGUGCAAUACGAAAGAAGAGGUCGGGAUCAAUCGCAUCCAAUGAAGACGUGCUAGUCAGGACUUGUGUUUGUUUCCUGAAGGGACCGAGUAAUUUUACAGAGAAAACAAUAGUUAGAAUACCAACUUGCUCCAUGGCGAGCCGCUGGCUUCAGGAACGUUUGAUGUAAAGAGUGUCGCGUAAGAGAACAUUUACUUCUCUGCCAGGCAGCGCACAUUCAAAAGAGAAGAAAAACGAAAGGAUAGCCUAACUUUUCUUGACGCAAAAGAGUUACUCGAAAUAGAAUCUUAUGUUUGGGUAAAAUACAUAGUGCAUCUUUUAGAGAUCUAGCUUCAUUUAUGGAAUUUUUUCUCCCAAGUCGACUCUGUAAAUGUCAGAAUUCUGUACGCGUCCCUCUGGGGAGGACAAGCAUGCACGUUUCCAGAGUCUGCCUUUAUUUCGUCUCUCGUAAAAACUGAUGAAAAUUCAAUCAUUUCUACAUAGCUUAUCCCUGAGAAAUGAUGAAAGAGUUGCUUGCAAAAUUGUGUAUGUACUUCAAUAAAUUAGGAUUAAAUCAA